GUUGCAUUUAAUCAGUUCAAUUUUGCUCGCUUCUGCUGCUGCUGCUGCCAUGGAUGUCAUACCAAUGUGGUGGUUCUUUAUCUCUUGACAUUAUAUUAUUAACUGUCGCCUGGUUCCCCCCCCUUUUGUAUUUUUUUUUUAUAGCUUUAUCAACAUCAUACAUCUGAUUCUUACCUCUACCAACCAACUGCACAUGAUAAGCUGCUCAAAGUGCCGCUGCUGCUAUUGCUGCUGCCGCUGCUCCUGCUGGACCUUUAAUGUGAAAUUUGUCCCCAUCUGAAAAUGCUUGAUGUGUACAAUAUUCUUCCUCAUGUGACCAGCCUUCCGUUACCAUUUCGCAUCAUUGGACACCUUCUGCGCAUAGUAUGGAUGGUUCUAACCACAAUCUAUGCCAUUCCGCCAUAUCUUGUCUGGACAUUCCUUGUAUUUCCUCUUCGAUUCUUUUAUUUGGAUUUCUACUGGAUGAUUGAGGGUUUCCUCUUCAGUGGAUUAUUGGCCAUAAUAAGUUCUUGGCUUAUCACAGGACAAUAUCAAAUUAUUGAGACCGGCGAUGACAUCAAUUACAUCUUGGAUGAGAAUGUGCUCCUCAUUGCCAAUCACCAGUCCACUGCCGACGUACCAGCAUUGAUGGACCUGAUGCACAGCAAGGCCAAUUUGUCCAAGCGAGUUAUGUGGAUUAUAGACAGUACCUUUAAAUAUACUCACUUUGGACUUGUUUCGAAUCUCAGAGGAGAUUUUUUUAUCACUCAGGGAAAAGAUGCUCGUGACAGCACCCUACAACAGUUGCGUUCCCACUUAAGGAGCACCUUCCAUACGAUACCUCGGAAAUGGCUCGUUUUGUUUCCCGAAGGAGGUUUUCUACGCAAGAGAAAACUUGCAAGUCAAAGCUUUACAUAUCCCAAAUUCAAGUAUGUUGUGGAUGUCACUAUCGCAUAUCCUAAAGGUCGGCCUCUUGAUAUCCAUGGUAUUGGUAUUGGCUAUUGGCCCCCCUGUCAUAUCCUUAUGCAUUAUCGGAUAUAUCCUGCCAGCAAGAUCCCUGUCGAUAACAAAGGACUUACAGACUGGAUGAAUGAACUUUACAUUGAAAAGGAGAAGAUGCUGGGCAACUACUACAAGCAUGGGGUCCUCCUCAGUAUGACAGACCAGCAGAAGCGUGAUUUCCCAAGAAUUGGUGCCCGGCAGAUUUCUCCUGACUUGCUUGGUGAUCUUUUAUAUCACACAUUUUAUAUUGUCUCUGCGUAUAUCCAGUACACUGUCAUUUCUUCGAUAUUACGCAACUGGUGGUAGCAGUUGAUUGUUGUACAUGGCUUACUUUCAUGCACACACACACGCACACACACACACACACACACACAUAUUUUCACACAUGAUAAGAGGUAUAUGUGAGUGUGCCUGCAUUCGUAUACAUAUAAUGUUUGUGUGUGUGUGUGUGUGUGUGUAUGAACAUUUUGUACAGUGUCUUCAAUAAUAUUUAACAUAGUUGGGAGUAACAUUCUAUACAUAAACAAACACAUACACACACACACUUGCAUACACAAUAUAUUUUCAUGUACAUAAACUCACACAUACUCACAUACACAAACACACUCUAUUACACACUUGCACUAUAGCAUUAGUAUAUCAUGGUAUUGCCCACAUCAAUGGCAAAUAUCUCAGAAAUUCCCUAAAUCCUAUUAACAACAUUUGACUUGUGUCAUACACAGCUACUUGGUGAGGUGUGGGGUCACAUUGUGGAGGAAGAAAGGGGUUGUUUACCUUGAGAUACAGGGUGUCAUAGAUAGGCAGAUAGGAUCAUGCAUAUAUUAUAGAAGCUCACUGCCAUAUUGCUCAUCAAUGUUAUUAGACAAAGUAUUAUCCGCUUUAGUAUCCAUUAAUGUUAUGAAGCUCAUACUUUCAAUUGGAAAAAAGAAAUGCAAACAAAGCAGACAACCAAAUAAACAUUUGAACUUCUCUGUAAACAAGUUUUGCAGUGAAGCCAUUUAUUUUUUUAAUGGUUAAUAUAGUCCCAGGCUAUUUUCGACUUAAUCUUCAGCAUAUCUCUUCAACACAUUCACUUGACCUUACUGAGGUUUACAAGGUAGCUCAGGGUUAAACCUAAUUCUCUAUUGUUAUUUUUUAUAAUUUGAGUAACAACUCAUAGUCUGACUGGAGGUUUUCUCAAAAAGGGAGUUGAAUUCAAAGAGAAGAUCUGACACAUAGAGAAUUAAAAGAAAUUUGCAGGUAAGUAUUGGACUUUCUGCCUUGAAAUAUUCUAUGAAGAUGGUAUAAUUUUUGGUUUGGAGAAAGAGGAUAUGCCUUCUCCCAUAAAUUUUUUUUUAUAAAGAAGGUAAUAUUUUUUCAAGGAGAGGGUAUGUUUUGUCCCUUGAAAUUUUCUAUGAAGUGGGUAGACUUUUCACGAAGAAGAAUUUCAGGGGUAUACCUUUUCCUUUGGAACUUUCUUAAAGUAAAGGAAAAUUUUGGGCGUAUCUACCUUCUUGAAAUUUUUUCAGUAAAUAAAGCAGAAUUUAGAGUGAAAAUAUCUUCUCUCCUCUUGAAACUUCUAUAAAUGAUGGGAAAUUUUCUGAUGCAUACACCUGGAAUUUUUCAUUAAAGAAAACAGAAUUUAGAGGGAAGAUAUUUUCCCUCUUGAAAAUUUUCAUAAAUAAUGUGACAAAUUAAGGAUUAGUAAACUAUGAAAUAUUUAGUAAUGGUGGGAAAAUUAAGGUAUGUACCUUAUCCCUUCAAAUAUUCAUUAAUGAUUGAAGAAUUUAAGGUGGAAGUACCUUCUGGUAAGAAAUUAUCUUACAUAAUGAAAGCAUUUGGAGGUAAAUCCUUUGAAGUGUGGAAUAAUAGUUGAGGCUUUUACCACCUGAGAAUGCUAGCCUUUAUGAUUGGACUUUGUUCUGUUCUUCAAUUUCAACAUCUGUGAGUCAAAAAACAAUCAAGUCCUGCAGCAGCAUUUAGAAACACCUUUUUAUUUAUAUAUUUAUUUAUUGCUUUUUAUCGUUAGCGGUGUGUUGUGAAGUAACGUGUUUCACUGGUUCAAAGUAAAUCGAUCAGUCAACAUCAUCAGAUAUUGAACAAUGAGAUUUAUCCAGAAUCUUGAGUCAUGAUAACAGAACAGCCACUGACUCACUGCUUGGUUGGACUAAGUCUACAGUUCCAGGUGACUGACAAAGAACAAGAUAACAAUCAGAUGUCAUUAUGAGAUAUGAUAAAGUGUUUAGUUAAUCAAUAUUGUUAAUUAUUGAUCUAAUCAGCAUCAACCAUUGAUUCUUUACUCUCUCAGUCAUUCAGUAUUGCUGGGGCAGGGCGCAGAUGAAGAAGAACAGGGUACUUUCACUAAUUUCUCUCUUAGAAAUAUUAUUUUAUUUUAGAGUUCCUAAUAAAGUAACAUGAAAUAUCUGCAUUUUAAUGAUCUGAAUCAGGAGUUUGGGAUUCACUAAGUAAAAGGGUUCAGCAGUGGGAUACUCAACCACUUUUAUUAUAAUGAGUUAGUAGUUUCGUUGAAUGAACAACAAGAAUAUUGUAGAAACCAGUCAGCAGAUGCAGUUAUUGAAUCUGUGUGUGUGUGUGUGUGUGUGUUCAGUGUACAUCUGGCUGUGUGGUUAAACAGUUUGCUUCACAAUCAUGUUGGCUAUGAGUUCAAUCCUAAUAUGUGACACCCUGAACCAGUAUUUUCUGACGACAGCCCUGGGUUAACCCAAGCUUUGUUAAUGAAAUUAAGGGAGACAGAAACCAUGUGGAAUACUCAGUUGGAUUAUUUCAAUACACACACACACACACACACACACACACACACACACACAUAUGCACACGCGCGCGCACACAUCUUUUUCUAAUUCUACCUUAGGAAUAUUAUCAAGCUACAUCUGUCAGUGGAAUAUUCAGCCAGUUAAACUAUAAAAAAAAAUAUAGAGUGUAUAGUUAUUCUAUUGGUUGAAUGUUUGUCAAAAUCAACUUGAAAUCCAUCAAUAACCAAUAUUUCAAACCCAUACCCAUUCAUAUAACUAGUGGUCCUUGUUUAAGUAUUUGAUGAAGAUGGAUACCCAGAUAAGAUGUGCUGCAUUAAACCUUUUAGCUUCGAGGUGACAAAAUUUCUCUCCCUUCUACAACAACUUCAACAACAGGUUUUGUAUAUCCCAUGAUGCAUUUGUUCCUCCUCAUUGUUUUACCCUGUCCCAACCAUCACUACCACCCUUAAAUGUUGUAUCAUAUAUUUUUCCAAAACCUUAUUUUCGAAGGGUGCAAGCAUUUAAAAAAUCCCACACCUUCUCCUCCUGCCCAUGUUUUUCCAAGUAACAACCUACAGAAGUUCAUGCUGAACAUAAACCUCAAUUGAACAUGGUAAUAUGAAAUCUAUGGGUACUGCCCCACCUCACUAAAUAUGAAAGAAAAUUCCUGAUCAUACAAACAUGAUCUGUGAACAUUAAAAAAAAAAUGAACAUUUAGGGUGAACAUAGUCCCACCCAACUAGUGAGGGCAGGGAAUAUCUGUGCUGUACCUUACCAGUUCUGCUAUGACCAGCACCAGGCCCUGUAGACAUACAAAAACAGAUUGGACAGUGGAAGAAACCCAACAUAUCUUGAGUGUCAAAUCUAUGGUGCACCACAGUGUGACAUAGGAUCUUCAAUGAGUUGAAGAGAGGACUGUAAUAUCUUUAGUGCUAGAUCUGUUGGUCAUAAUCAAAGAUUUUCUCAACCAGCCACCAUCUGAAAAGCAGAAUUAACUUUGAGGAUAUACAACCACAAUAAUAUAUAUUUUGAUAUGACUGUAAUUUUACAAACUACAAACCUUAUUUUUGGUGGUAAAAAAUGCAUUAAUUUUUACAUCUGCACAACUGAUUUAUCUUUGCUCAUCAUCAAAUGACUUAUUCUUGGAUAUGUACGUACAGUACUGGACUGAAUUUGAACUGGGAACCCUUUAUUUCCAAACAAAGAAUAGUAAUACUCUUUCCCACUAAGGUCAACAGUUUCCAAACUUAUUCUGGUACCAAACCCAUUACACAAUUUUCCAAAAAUUACAUAACCAACCCCUAUAUUUUAUGGACCUCCCUCACAACUUGGUUUUAACAAGAUAUUAAAUAGUUGUUUUAGAAUAUUCUUUCACAGAAUGCUGGGAAUUUUUGGAACCCUCUUUGAAAAACAUUACACCAGGUCACUGACACAUGUACAUGUACCCAAGAAUAAGGCCCUUGAUGGUGGUCAGAGAUCAAACUAUUCUAAACAUAAUGCAAAUGUAAAUAUUGAAAUAUUUUUCACCUCUAAUGAUGAGUUCCCCUAACAUAGAGUGAUUUACAGUUUGCUAUCAUAGACAUUUGAACAUUUUAUCAUCACAUAUAUUGUUUUCAAAUUUUAGCACAAAGGCAGCAAGGUUGGGGUGAGGCUAAGUCAAUUACUUCGACCCCAGUGUUCAACUGGUA